CAUGGUUAGAGGAAAGCAAUUGGGAAAAAGUGAAAUACAGACUACCCAAGGAAUUCGAAUGGAAAUGCAGAGCGGCAAGGAGAAUAAGGAAGAAAGGAAGAGCAAAAGGGGGAAUAAUAACUGGUUUAAGAAAGGGACUGAAGGAACUGGAAUACAAAGAAAUAAGCGAUAAUAUGGUGGAAAGGAAAAUAGCAUAUAAGGACAAGACAUUCAGGAUAAUAGUGGUAUAUAAUCAAGACACGAAAGGAACAUGGAAAGAGAUAGAGGAAAGAGUAGACGGGAGAGAAGAGGAAGUGAUGAUAGUCGGCGGAGACUGGAAUGCGAGAAUGGGAGAAGAGGGAGGGCAGGUAAGCGAGGACAUAGGGAAGGAAAGAAGCAGGCGAUCAAAAGACAAGAAAAUAAACGCGGAGGGAAGAAUACUGCUUAGGUACCUAGAAGAGAGAGGCUGGACGAUAAUAAACGGCAGGGAUGAAGAGGGAGAGGAGUGGACAUAUAUUGGGGAGAGAGGAAACUCGGUGAUAGACUAUGUGAUCGGAAACCAGGAGGCGAAAGAGGAAAUAACUAACAUGAAGGUAGGAAGAAGAACAGAGUCGGACCAUAUGCCACUGGAAGUAGAAAUAGAGGGGCCAGAACUACAAAAAACGGAAGAAAGAGAAGAAGAAGAGAAGGAGAGAAGGGAGUGGACAAGGGAAAACAGGGAAAAAUACCUGGAGGAAUGCAAAGACUGGACCUACGAGGGGAGAACAACAAAGGAACUGUGGACAGAAAUCAAAAACAAGGUAAACAAUGCAGUACCAAAGAGGAGAGUAAAGACAAGAAAAUGGGGAAUGGGAGAGAAAGUGUGGUAUGACAAGGAGUGGAAAGAGAGGAAAAGAGAGGUGAGAAGGAAGAUGGCAAAAUUCAGGAGAGGAAAAUGCGGCAGAGAAGAACUAAUGGAGGAGAAGAAGGCAUUCAAACUAUGGUGCAAAGAAAGAAAGGAAAGACACGAAGAGGAGGAAAUGGAGAAGAUAAGGAGGAUUAGAACAGAGCAAGAGGUAUGGAAGUACAUAAACAAGUACAGAAGAAGAAGAGAGGAAAUAGACGAGGAAAUAAGCGAA